AUAUUCUAGUUGUCGUUGAUUUGUAAAAUUUCGGUGGUUUGGAGUUUGACUCGUGAGUCGUCUGCAUACAUAAAAAUCUACACCAACCAACUUCCUUUCGUUUCACUCCGGUGGUCUUUCAGUCGUUCACGUCGUCCGCCAUCGCCCCCAACUGUCUUCCUCUGUAUAUAUAUACUUAUACAAACCCCCACACGCCUCACACACACACACACACACCUAAUACGCAUCUCUACAAUGGAAUCUCUCUCCUCCGUAUCCACCUCAAUCGUCCUACCCCCCUUCCACCACCACCACCACCGCCGGAGACUCUUCCUCCGAUCAUCUUCAUCUUCCUAUCCUACUUCAUGCCUUCAUUCCGAUCACCGGAAUCCUUCUCGUUCAGUGUCUCCCCUCGUGACUCCUUCAAACCCUAGGUUACAAUUACAACCGUUUGGAACCAGAAUUAACGGUAAAUUGAACGCCGUCGGGAACCGAGGAGGAUCGGAUAACGGAGAAGAUGACGACGAUGAGGUGGAUAAGGCGUUACGAUUGGACGGAACGAUUCCUGGCUCUUCUAAUGAGUUUGUUGAGCAAGUUUCGUCACGUGCUUACGACAUGCGACGUCAUCUUCAACAAACUUUUGAUAGCAGCAGUUAUGAUGUAUUGGAAGCCAACCCAUGGAGAGAAGAUUCAAAAGCCGUCUAUGUAUUAACCCGCAGGGAAAACCAGCUUUGCACGAUGAAAACCCGAAUGAAUCGCAGUGAAGUUGAAAGGGAACUCGGGAUGCUGUUUUCCAAAGGACGCAAGUUGAGAAAUCAAACAAAGAAACCAAGUGCCACCAAGUUCCAGAUGCUUGUUGAAGACGUGAGAGAUGGAGUGCUUGUAUUUGAAGACGAGACUGAAGCAGCAAAAUAUUGUGAUCUGCUGCAAGGCGGAGGCCAAGGUUGUGAAGGAGUUGCGGAGGUUGAAGCCUCAUCGGUAUUUGAUAUGUGCCGGAAGAUGAGGGCACUUGCUGUUUUGUUUAGGAGAGGAAGAACACCUCCGCUACCAGAAAGCCUUAAGCUCAACUUAAGUGCUAAGAAGCGCUCCCUUGAAGAUCAAGACCCUGAGGAGGAUUUCAUAUGACAAAACAACAAAAUCUUAUUACAUAUAAAUCCACAUUCAUUAGUAGUAAAGAAUUUGAUUAAACAUAUGAGGCGGGAUGCAAACAGUUGAACGUCAAUUCAUUUGCUAAUGGAAGUGCAGGACCAUUAACAGUUUAUUACACCAAAACACGACUUACUUUUGCUUCGCAUAUGUAUCA